AAAAGAUUUAAAAUUUUUUUAGGUGAAUGGUAUGUUAAGCAAUUUAAUUUAGGCUGACAAUAAAGUUUAACCUGCUGUAUAAUAAACUAAGGCAAAGAAAGGAAAAAAGAAUUAAGGAGAUGAUUAACCUAAAGAAGUUGUUGCUACAUUAGGACCAAAUGUUGCUGGAAAUGAAUUAGUUUUUGGAGUUGCUCACAUUCUCUCUACUUGGAAUGAUACCUUUAUUCAUAUUACAGAUUUGACAGGCAGAGAAACACUUGCAAGAGUAACAGGAGGAAUGAAAGUCAAAUCAGACAGAGAAGAAUCUUCACCAUAUGCAGCAAUGCAAGCAGCCAAAGAUGUUUAUGAGAAAUUGAAAACACUUAAAAUUAAUGCUUUACAUAUUAAAUUGAGAGCUAGAGGAGGUAUUUUAAUAAUUCAAAUAAAUCAGGUGUCGAUACUAGAUAACCAGGACCAGGAGCUUAAGCUGCUCUUAGAGCUCUAGCUCGUUUGGGAUUAAAAAUUGGUAGAAUUGAAGAUGUUACACCAAUUCCUACAGAUUCAACAAGAAGACCAGGAGGUAGAAGAGGAAGAAGAUUAUGAAAAGUAAAAUUACAUUACAUUAUUCAAACAAAUAAAUAAUCUUUU